AUGUGGAUACCUCAAGUGCAUUUCUUCGAUAUCAUUCAUGACUAUGAUGCUGAGAUUGACUUCCAUGCACUAGGCCUGGGUGGCCGGCAAUUCAAACUCUGCGAGCUUUCCAGCCAAGCUCGCAAAGGCUCUUCCAAAGCCAUUCCGGUUGAAGACAAGGAGGAUGACGACAUUGACGCUGGCUUUGACUACAUCCUCAAAUUUGGCCCUCGAAGUAAGAGCCCACUGGGCAGGAGCAUUCUCAUGGCUCAGGCCCGCUUCAAUAAGGUGCACUUCGAAGUGGAAGCGGAACCUUGUAUCCGCUUUACACCAGAAAUCGACUUUCUACGUGGCGAACCAGGCUCAGUGGUCAUGGGCGACUUUCUGGACGACGCCACCUUGUCCACCUUGAGCAUCAAACUCGUCAAGGCAUUUCUGGAUGUGGGACUCUACGAAUCCAUGUGCUGGGCACGGUGGGGGGCAACGAAGUGGGUGCAAAACGAACCCCGUGCCGCAGCAGACAACAGCUAUGAUGACAGAGUGGAUCUUCCAGAAAGCUUCAUUCCACAGAUCCCUUUCACGGUGUUCUAUGACAUGGUCAAAAAAGCCUUCGCCGAGCUAGCAAGCAGACCUCACAUGGACGCUGUCUUCAAACGAGCUUGCUUCCUACUCAAUACCAAGGAGCACAUGUAUUCCGGCAUCAACCAAGAACCAGUAGAACGGAAAACAAUGCCGGUAUCGGAGUUCCUGACGGCAGAGGGAAAGAAGCAGUACGGUCUCUUUAAGGAAGGUUGUAAGGAGGUGCCUGAUGACUGGGAAGAAGAUCUCGCCAAGGAACAAGAAUGGCUCGCAUCUGUCAUGUCAAAGGUCUACAGCAUGCGCAAAAAUGGUGAGCGUGAAGAAAGGGAUCGCGUGAAACUUCGGGAAGCACUCUUUGGACCUCAGCCCAAAACAAAGACAAGUACUGAGAAGGCAGUGGCUGCCAAGCGAGAGAUCGAAGAAGAAUGUAAAGACCGCUUUCACCAAAAAAAAGCCAAAGCUUGA